GUUAAUUCCUCGAUGUGAACACCAGAAGAGAUAGGAAACGGCAUUUGAAUCAAAGCAGCCAUUUUUCGGUCUACAUUGUUUAAGCAAGGGUAUCACAGACCACAAUUCCCUCCUGGCUCUAAGCCACAUUCUUCAUCCAACGCCAUGCCGCUGUAUCAAUAUGCAAAACAAUUCCCAUUUUCAUGACUCCGUCACAAAUGGCUCCCGACCAUUUCCCCAGGACCUUGCGGUCAAGCGCAGAACUCCUAGUAAUCAUUCCCCUGCUACUGGCCCAGCCACUAAGUUGUUCACUCCGUCAAACGCGCCCAACUAAUCAUAUUUGUGGUUGCCCAGAUGGCCAGCGGAGUGCGGUGGGCCAACAACUCUUGGGGCCCGUCCUGUGGCCGCGCCAUCAUGGCGAGUAGGGCCUUGCGGAAGUUGUCAAUCUUCUCCACUGUGGAAACGGCGCUGAGAUCGCCGACUGGCUCUGGUCAAACAAGUCUUUACUGAUUCGCCCCUACAAAUACCACCCGUACAGCAGCAUACGCCGCUACGACACUGGCAAUACCCUCUGGUGGUGCCGUAGAGUAAAUUGCCACGAACGCUGCAAGAAAACAGGAAAAAUAGGUCCUAGAAAAGGCGUUGGUUUAGCCCAGUGCCGGGCCUUGCUGUAUCAAUAAUGAACGGCUCCUCAUGUGUGGUUGCGAGCUUUAUCGGCGGGCGUGGAUUCGGGUUCGUUGACGGUGGGUGCAGUCUGUAUAGAGGAAAUCUGGUCUUGGAGAGGUUGAAUGUAACCGGAGGCUAGUACCUCCGAGGGGAGGCUCAUAGAAGCCAGGGUGGGCGAUAGCAGGGUCGGAAUUUCGCAUCGGAAAGGGGUCGAGAGUCGAUUCGGUGGCCAAGAAAAUCCAGAGGAGCACGUGGCGGACGAAUCAUGGUGUUCUACCUCGCGCAAGUACGGCUGGCGGGAUGUCGAGGAUCAAGGUCUCGGUGAGACAAGCCCAAGCAAGCUUGAUCUGGGUCAAGGAAUCAUGCUACCAAGGCCCGCUUGAAGGAGAGAGCCUGGGGCGGAGCU